CAGGGAGAGCUGAUCACCUUCUAUUACUAUUGGAAGAAAACCCCUGAAGCUGCAAGUUCCCGGGCUCACCGCCGGCAUCGGCGACAGGCCGUGUUUCGGAGGAUUAAAACCCGAACAGCUUCCACUCCGGUUAACACUCCCUCCAGGCCUCCGUCAAGCGAAUUCUUGGAUUUGAGUUCAGCCAGCGAAGAUGAUUUUGACAGCGAGGACAGCGAACAGGAGCUGAAGGGCUAUGCCUGCCGUCACUGCUUCACCACCACCUCCAAGGACUGGCACCACGGGGGACGGGAAAACAUCUUACUCUGCACAGACUGUCGCAUCCACUUCAAGAAGUACGGUGAACUCCCCCCCAUCGAGAAGCCAGUGGACCCACCCCCCUUUAUGUUCAAGCCGGUCAAAGAGGAAGAUGACGGUCUCAGUGGGAAGCAUAGCAUGAGGACAAGAAGGAGUCGUGGCUCGAUGUCUACACUUCGCGGGGGUCGUAAAAAGCAACCCACCAGCCCAGAUGGUAGGGCCUCGCCCAUCAAUGAGGACAUCCGAUCCAGUGGUCGUAACUCGCCCAGCGCGGCCAGCACAUCGAGUAACGACAGCAAGGCGGAUUCGGUCAAGAAAUCCACCAAAAAGAUUAAAGAAGAGGCUUCUUCUCCUCUCAAGAGCUCCAAGCGCCAGCGCGAAAAGGCAGCGUCCGACAGCGAGGAACCCGACCACAUCAAUGCCAAAAAAACCAAAACGCAGGAGAUCAGCCGGCCCAACUCCCCCUCGGAGGGCGAAGGGGAGAGCUCUGACAGCCGCAGCGUGAACGACGAGGGCAGCAGCGACCCCAAGGACAUUGACCAGGACAACCGGAGCACCUCGCCCAGCAUCUCCAGCCCCCAGGACAAUGAGAGCGACUCGGAUUCCUCCGCCCAGCAGCAGUCCCUGCAGGCCCCGAACGGCCCGGCCCAGCCCUCGGGCCCCCUCCCAGCCCAGCUGCCCCCGCUGCCGGCCAGCUCCAUCUCGGGCCCUUCGCCUUUCUCCAUGAACUCCAAUCUGCCCCCGCCGCCCGCGCUGAAGCCGCUCAGCUCUCUCUCCACCCACCAUCCGCCCUCGGCGCACCCCCCUCCUCUGCAGCUGAUGCCCCAGAGUCAGCCGCUGCAGCCGUCCCCGGCCCAGCCGCCCGUCCUCACCCAGAGCCACCCGGCCCCUCCCCAGCCCUCCUUCGCCCAGCACCCGUUUGUUCCUGGGGGGCCGCCCCCCGUGACGCCUCCCUCCUGCCCAUCAACUUCCACGCCACCAUCAGUGCCAAGUGCCCCGACCCAGGGGGCUGUGCCCACCUCAGCAGCCUGUGGCGGAAAUGUCCCCGUGGUGACGGCCUGCACGAUCCCGUCCAUCCAGAUCAAGGAGGAGGCGCCCGAUGAGGCCGAGGAGCCCGAGAGCCCACCUCCCCCCACCCGGAGCCCCUCGCCAGAACCCACCGUGGUGGAUACCCCGAGCCAUGCCAGUCAGUCAGCCAGGUUUUACAGGCGCCUGGGCCGUGGCUCCAACUCGUGCGCGAGGACGGAUCUGUACUUCAUGCCCCUGGCAGGCUCCAAGCUGGCGAAGAAGCGGGAAGAGGCGAUUGAGAAGGCAAAGCGCGAAGCUGAGCAGAAAGCGAGAGAAGAGAGGGAACGGGAAAAAGAGAAGGAGAAGGAGAGGGAACGAGAACGGGAGCGCGAGAGAGAGGCCGAAAGGGCGGCGCAGAAAGCGUCCAGUUCCUCCCACGACGGGCGUCUCGGAGACUCUCAGCUGAGCGGGCCGGCGCACAUGAGGCCAUCCUUCGAACCGCCCCCCACCACCAUCGCGGCCGUCCCCCCAUACAUCGGGCCGGACACCCCAGCCCUACGGACGCUCAGCGAGUACGCGCGUCCUCAUGUCAUGUCCCCCACCAACCGGAACCACCCCUUCUUCGUCCCCCUCAAUCCCACCGACCCGCUUUUGGCCUACCACAUGCCGGGCCUCUACAACGUGGACCCCACCAUCCGGGAGCGAGAGCUGCGGGAGCGGGAGAUCCGGGAGCGGGAGAUCCGGGAGCGGGAACUGCGGGAGAGGAUGAAGCCGGGUUUCGAGGUGAAGCCUCCCGAACUCGACGCCCUUCACCCGGCCACCAACCCCAUGGAGCACUUUGCCCGUCACGGUGCCCUCACCAUUCCCCCGACAGCAGGCCCGCACCCCUUUGCUUCCUUCCACCCCGGGCUCAACCCCCUGGAGAGGGAGAGACUCGCUUUGGCGGGCCCUCAGUUACGGCCCGAAAUGAGCUACCCGGACAGACUGGCUGCUGAGAGGAUACAUGCCGAGCGAAUGGCGUCUCUCACCAAUGACCCCUUGGCCAGGCUCCAGAUGUUCAACGUGACACCCCAUCACCACCAACAUUCCCACAUACACUCACAUCUGCACCUCCACCAGCAGGACCCGCUCCAUCAAGGCUCAGCAGGACCCGUUCACCCCCUCGUGGAUCCCCUGGCCGCCGGACCGCAUUUGGCACGUUUCCCCUACCCUCCCGGCACUAUCCCAAACCCGCUGCUAGGACAGCCGUCCCACGAGCAUGAAAUGCUGCGGCAUCCGGUCUUCGGUGCCCCCUACCCGCGUGACCUCCCUGGCGCCAUUCCUCCUCCCAUGUCAGCGGCCCAUCAGUUGCAGGCCAUGCACGCCCAGUCGGCGGAGCUUCAGCGACUCGCGAUGGAGCAGCAGUGGCUUCACGGGCACCCCCACAUCCACGGGGGGCACCUUCCCAGCCAAGAAGACUAUUACAGCCGCCUGAAGAAAGAGGGCGACAAGCAGUUGUAAUAUCUUAUUUAUUUGUACCGCUGACUACUCAAGAUCCCGGUCCUUGGGGAGAAACGGAAUGUGUCUAUCGCGAGAACCGCCGAAAAGCAAAAGGAUUCUCCUCCGCAGAGGACGCCCUCCCUUUCGCACGGAAAACACCCCCGCCACACGCUCGCCAGAGAGCCCGACAUCUCGAGACGUUAACCGGUGCAUACGUUCUGUAGCAUUCAUUUGUAGAAAAGAUUUCUCAAGAGCCGUUCAGGAGUCUCCUUGCAUGACUAACCCUGUUAAGAAGCCUUUUUUGGGGAUUGCGGGGGGAGGAGAGACAGUAUGAAACCGCUGGCAUAGAGAGAGAAAUUGUUCAGAUGAUUUCCUCGGGCAAUCUUGGGACAUCGGUUUGGUAUGUUUUGGGGCGUUGGUUCGAUUUAAUUUUAAUUUUUUUUUUUUUUCAUUUUGAGUAGGUGCUAGUUUCAGGUUCACAACCUCUAAUGCAAGCCACUGUGCAUAAAAAGUAUAUUCAAUUUAUAUAUAUAUACUUAAAAAAAAAAAACAAGAAUUGCAAGUAGGUGGCUUAACAACCUCUGAAAAUCCAAGUGCUAUAAUAAGAAUUUUAAAAGAAAAUCUACUUUUAUUUUAAUACAUUGUAGGCAAACGUCAUAAUUUUAAAGAGAGCUUGGCAGCAUGGCUUUUUAAGUCUGUAAAUAACUUUUUCGGGUUAGGGGUUAAAAAGAUGAUUAUAAUUUCCACAAAUUCUUGAUUUUUGCCUCUUUCCCAACCCUACUCUCAUCAGCAACUUCAUAAAUUCAUUACUUCUUACCUGGUGUUCACGAGAAUAUAGACUUGAUUUUUUAAUAUAAGAGGAAUAUAUAUAAGCAACCCUUUGAUUCAAGAGAAGGGAGCGCCAUAGGUCAGUAAUUUCAGAAUGGCUGGUAGGAGCAGAAGCAUUAAAGGGAGUUGCAGGGAUAAUGUAAAAAAAAAACAGCCAGUUUUUUGCACACACGUUGCGUGUGCAUGUUCUUUUAUUUAAUUAUUUUUGUUCCAUGAACAUCCUAUUCACUCUCCAUCCAGUAGCUGGUUGUGUUACGAAGCAGUUCUUCAGCAGGUAUAUCUUUGCUCUGUUCCUGCUUGAGUAUACCACGUCAUCACAGGUGCGUGGCGCGCGUGCACACACGCCUUUCCCUGAUUUUUUUUUUU